AUGUUAGAUGGCAUACGCAUGCGUUUAAAGUGCCUAUGUAUACAAUCGAGAACAUUUCAGAAUUUUAUUUAUAAUAAUAAUUAUUAUUUUUGAGUGGAUACGAUUUGGUGACAUGAUUUGUGUUUUAUAAUAAAAUCGAGUGAAAAGAUUCUUUAACAGCAGCCCCCAAAUAUCUUUAAAUCGUCACUUUGGGGAUACGAUCCGUUUCGUGAUAAUUUGUUAAUUAAAUUUAUGAGAACGGCGAGAAUAAUCGAAUUUAUUAAGUUUUGCGAUGUGAAUUAAUCAAGAAUUAUUUGCAUGUAAAAAUAACCUGCUAUUAUAAAUAUAAACAAUAAUUGCUAUUAUAAAUAUAAAUCAACGCCAAUCUUGAAGGUUAGGAUUGUCACGGGAUCGUUCUGUACCGAAUGCGCGCGCACGCGUGUGAUGGCAUGAUCGAAUUCAAAUUGUAAUUUAUUUAUAAAUCAUUUUUCGUUACUUAUAAAAUAUUGCGGAAUAUGAAUAUCGCAGAAUAGAAAUAGUGUAAAUAACGUUAAUCAGAUCGAACUAUCGCAAACAUGUUCGGGAAAGAAGCUAUUAAGCUCAUAACUGAGCUCGACGUGCACGAAGAUAUCCGGCCGUUUAACGAACAAGUAAUGCGGCAUGUUUUCGAAGAGAUGCACGCGCUUUACGAAGCCAAUUCGGUGGACAGUAAUGCAAUACAGAACGACAGUAACAACGAGUUGUUACCGUCGGUGCAUUUUCGACACACGGCUCUACUCAGGAACAAAAGGUGCGUCUUGGCGUAUUUGUAUCAUCGGAUGAAGCGGUUACGACAGAUGCGCUGGGAGUUGGGCAGCAUCCUGCCAACCGAGAUCACCGCCAAUCUGCUGAACGCAGAGGUACAAUGGUUUCAGAACUACAACAAGUCUCUGGCCACGUACAUGAGAUCAAUCGGAGAUGAUUACGGAUUGAACCUGACUGUAAACAUGAACCCUCCGAAGACGCUCUACGUCGAGGUAAAGUGUCUGACAGAUUUUGGUAAGCUGGAGCUGGACGAUGGCGAAAUUAUCACGUUGAAAAAGAAUACGUAUCAUCUCCUACCAAGAGCCACGUGCGAGCCGCUCAUUAGGCAAGGCAUUCUUGAGCAUCAUAAUGUAUGAGUGUUUCGUUAUGGGACCAGAAACGGUCUCAUCAUCCACGUUAUUCUUCUUUGUAUUUUUACAUCACAUUUAUAUCUAUUGUGUACGUUUUGUGCCAACAUUGUACAUCGCUGAGUGCCUUAUGCGUUUCGACAAUAAACGGAAAUUGAAAUUGCUU